AAGAACCUGAUGGAGUUUAAUCAGUCUGAUCGCUGUGAGCAUUUCUCCUGUCCAGAGAGAUCUGUAUCUCCUGCAGUUUAUAUCUUACUGUACGUGUGUUCAGCUGCUGUGGUUCUGCUAACAGUGUGUGGAAAUCUGCUCAUCAUUAUCUCUUUUUAUCAUUUCAAGCAGCUUUACACACCAACUAACACACUUAUGCUCUCUCUGGCUGUGUCGGAUUUCUUCAUUGGUGCUUUAGUGAUGCCACCAUUGUUAAUCUGGACUAUCGAGUCAUGCUGGAUUUUUGGGAGAGGUUUCUGCAUCAGUUUUUUGUUAAUUGGUGGUGUCAUCAUGACAAUAUCAAUUUAUAAUAUUGCUCUAAUUGCUGUGGAUCGGUAUUUGGCUCUCUCAAAUCCUUUUUUUUACACACGCAGAGUCACUAGGAGGACUAUGUGCAUUGUGGUUUAUUCUAACUGGUGUGUUUGCCUAAUGUAUAUAACAGCAUUUUAUUAUUUCAAUGGACUCUUUGAAAGUUUUGUACUAUGUCCUGGAGAGUGUUAUUACUUGCUAAAUGAGGUUUGGACCUUUAUUGAUCUUGUAUUUUCAUUUAUUUUUCCAUGUUCUGUAAUAAUCAUAUUGUAUACUCUAGUGUUUGUGAUUGCUAAGAAACAUGCCACUGCUAUCAGAGAGCUUAAUAAUCACACACGGCCUAAAACACAGAAAAUCACCUCACACUCCAUGAAAUCUGAGAGAAAAGCAGCUAAAGUCCUCGGCAUUUUAGUGUCUGUGUUUCUGGUGUGUUUACUUCCAUAUUAUAUUUACAGUUUAUUAGGUUACAUUAUUGAACUUCAGGCAGAUACACUGCUGAAAGUUUUGGUUGUGAUUCAUCUUAAUUCCACCAUUAAUCCAGUUAUUUAUGCUCUUUUUUACCCGUGGUUUAGGAGGUGCAUUAAAUUAAUCAUAACUCUGCAAAUAUUCCAAACAGACUCUGCAUUAAUCAAUGUUCAUUCAUGA